CCACCUCGUUCGGCCGGGUGGAGGAGGUGGAGCAGGAGGAGGUGGAGUAGGAGGAGGUGAUGGAGGAGGAUGAUGAUGAGGUGGUGGUGGAGGCGUCUCUGCACCGCCUGGAAGGGUCGAGCGGCUCUCUCCCGGGGGGGUUGGUGAUCCGCAAGAAGAGCGCUGCUACAGAGCCCCACGUCUUCAAGGUACCGGCACCGCGAUGCAGCCUCUUGGGCCUCGACCGGCUCGCCGCUCUGAAGCGUCAGCAGCGCGAGGAGGAGGAGGAGGAGGAGAGGGAGGAGGAGGAGGAGGAGCGGAGUGGGAGACUCAUCAUGGAAGCACGCGGGGAGGGGAGAGGGGAACAUGGCGGUGGUGGUGACGGCGCCGGUGGUGGCGGUGGUGGCGGUGGUGGUGGCGGUGCCGCUCGUCGAGCAGAGAGGACGUACCGCGGUGUGCGUGUGGAGACGCCGUCUCACACCGGCGGCGUCAGCUCCGAGUUCCGCGAGAGGCGUCGCCAGCGGGACCGGCGGCGCCAGCACGGGGUGAAGGCGGCCACGGCCACCUCGUCCACCUCGUCCACCUCGUCCACCUCGUCCACCUCGUCAGCGGCAGCGGCGUCGACCUCGUCAAGUCGAGCAGGGUCAUCUGGCGAGCGUUACCGAGAUCGUGGUGAGCGUGGUGGUGAGCGUGGUGGUGAGCGUGGGAGUGAGCGUGGUGGUGAGCGUGGUGGUGAGCGUGGGAGUGAGCGUGGUGGUGAGCGGGGUGGUGAGCGUGGGAGUGAGCGUGGGAGUGAGCGUGGGAAGUGGUCGGAACGCAGCCGUCGCUCGGAGACUCGGGAGGAACCACUCACCCCUCGGCAGAGACCGAAAGGCUCCCUGACACCGUCCGGAGCUGGCUGGGACGAGGAGGAGGAUGGUGGUGGUGGUGGUGGUGGUGGCGGUGGUGGUGGUGGUGGUGGCGGUGGUGGCGGUGGUGGUGGUGGUGGUGGUGGCCGUCUCCGCCGCUCCCAGUGGGACUCACCCUCACCAGCUCCAUCGCAGCACCUCCGCUCCUCACCCUCCUCACCCUCCUCACCCUCCUCACCACGGCAUGGCGACAGGAGUUGCAGGUCGCGGGCCGUUGCAGAUGAGAGUCCCCUGGGCACGCCGUCCUACAAAUACAAUGCCUGGGCCUCCAACAGGCUGCACCUGGGGGCCACACCUCGCUUGCGGAGCGCCACACACGAUGGUGGGCGGGUGUCUCAGCGUGGCGAGGGCGGUGUGGGUGGCAUCGUGUUCGACAACGAAGCGGACCGGGCACAGUGGGAGGAGGAUCAGAAGCAAGCGGACCGGGAGUGGUACACGCUGGACGAGGGCUAUGACGAUUCCCGCAACCCGCUGGCAGGAGCCUCAAGCGCUUAUGUCCAGCGGCGUGAGCAGCACGCCCAGACCCAGCGGCAGAAACGCGUGUCGGCACAGCGGCGGCAGAUCAACGAGGUGACGGGGAGGGUGGGCUACGCGAUCCGCUUUGAGGACGUGACGUCGGAGCGCACCGUCAUCAAGUACAUGACGGACGGCAUCUUGCUGCGCGAGAGUCUCCGUGAGGCCGACCUGGACCGCUACAGCGCCGUCAUCAUGGACGAGGCCCACGAGCGCUCGCUCAACACGGACGUGCUCUUCGGCCUACUGCGGGAGGUUGUGGCUCGCCGCGUCGACCUCAAGCUGAUCGUCACCUCGGCCACGAUGGAUGCGGGAAAGUUUGCGGCGUUCUUCGGCAAUGUGCCCGUGUUCCACAUCCCCGGUCGAACCUUCCCCGUUGACAUCUUCUUCAGCAAGGCCGUGGUGGAGGACUACGUGGAGGGUGCGGUGAAGCAGGCGCUACAGAUCCAUCUCUCUCCGUCUCCGGGUGACAUACUCAUCUUCAUGCCGGGACAGGAAGACAUUGAGGUGACGUGCGACCAGAUUGUGGAGCGCCUGGCGGAGCUGGAGAAUGGCCCCCCACUCGCUGUGCUCCCCAUUUACUCUCAGCUGCCCUCGGACCUGCAGGCCAAGAUCUUCCAGAAGGCUCCAGGCGGGGUGCGCAAGUGCAUCGUGGCCACAAACAUUGCGGAGACGUCGCUCACCGUGGACGGCAUCAUGUACGUGGUGGACGCUGCCUACUGCAAGCUCAAGGUCUUCAACCCGCGUGUGGGCAUGGACACGCUGCAGAUAUACCCCAUCAGCCAGGCCAACGCCAACCAACGUGCCGGGCGAGCGGGCCGCACCGGGCCCGGACAGUGCUUCCGCCUGUACACCCAGAGCUCGUACAAGAACGAGAUGCUCACCACGACAGUGCCCGAGAUCCAGCGCACGAACCUGGCCAACGUGGUGCUGCUCCUCAAGUCGCUCAACGUGCAGGAGCUGCUGCAGUUCCACUUCAUGGACCCCCCGCCGGAGGACAACAUGCUGAACUCCAUGUACCAGCUGUGGAUACUCGGGGCACUAGAUAACACAGGUGCACUGACCCCCACGGGCCGCAUGAUGGUGGAGUUCCCGCUGGACCCGGCCCUCUCCAAGGUGCUCAUCGUGGCCUGCGACACCUCCUGCAGCGCCGAGGUGCUGUCCAUUGUGUCCAUGCUCUCCGUGCCGUCCAUCUUCUACCGUCCCAAGGGCCGCGAGGAGGAGAGUGACCAGGCGCGUGAGAAGUUUGCGGUGCCGGAGAGCGACCACCUCACCUACCUCAACGUCUUCCUGCAGUGGAAGCGAGCCGCCUACACCACCAGCUGGUGCAACGAGCACUUUGUGCACGCCAAGGCCAUGCGCAAGGUGCGUGAGGUGCGUGCACAGCUCAAGGACAUCAUGGUGCAGCAGCGCAUGGGCCUGGCCUCGUGCGGCUCCGACUGGGACGUGGUGCGCAAGUGUAUCUGUUCGGCCUACUUCCACCAGGCUGCCAAGCUUAAGGGCAUUGGUGAGUACGUGAACAUCCGCACAGGAAUGCCGUGCCACCUUCACCCGACCUCGGCCCUCUUCGGCAUGGGAUUCACUCCGGACUACAUUGUGUACCACGAGCUCAUCAUGACCACCAAAGAGUACAUGCAGUGUGUGACGGCGGUGGAGGGAGAGUGGCUGGCGGAGUUGGGGCCUAUGUUCUACAGCGUCAAGCACGCGGGCAAAUCACGUCAGGAGAACCGCAAGCGUGCCAAGCAGGAGCUCACCGCCAUGGAGGCGGAGAUGGUCGAGGCGCAGGAGGAGCUGAAGGUCCGUCAGCAGGAGACGGGGCGCCGUGCCGUCCCGGCCUCCCCCAGGGCUCUCAUCUGCACGCCGGGCCGGCGGCAGCCGGGGACGCCGGCCGGGGGCUCGACGCCGAGGCGCACGCCGGCACGCUUCGGGCUGUGAGCGGAGGGGGGGGGAGGGGGG